GCUAUAAGGGGCGGUGGCGGCGAGAGCUGCCGCGCUAUGGGGAGCGGGUGGUGCGGUGCGGCGCUGCUGGCGGCGGGGCCGGGGCGAGGGGUGCUGCUCUUCCUCCUCCUCCUCUUCUUCCUGCUCUUCGUUGUGCUGCUGCUGCUGGGCUGCUGCCGGCCGCUGUCGCUGCGGCGCGGCCCCGGGCGGGUGGGAUACGUGCCGUACCCCGGGCUGAGCCGCGCCCGCCGCGCCCGACGCCCCGGCGCCCCUCCGCCGCCCUUCCCCAACGGCUGGUACCGGCUGCUCGACUCGGCGCAGCUGCCCCACGGCGCCGCCCGCAGCCUCUCCCUGCUCGGAGAACAGCUUGCUGUGUUUCGCACCCCAGAUGGCCAGGCCUUCGUGGUGGAUGCUUACUGCCCUCACCUGGGAGCCAACCUGGCUGCCGGUGGCCGCGUCGUGGGCAACUGCAUCGAGUGCCCGUUCCAUGGCUGGCAGUUUCGAGGAGAAGAUGGAAAAUGCACCAGCAUUCCCUAUGCUGAAAAAGUGCCAGACUUCGCGAGGGUCCGGACCUGGCCUUGCUGUGAGGUGAAUGGGAUGCUGCUGGUCUGGUACCACUGCGAGGGGCUCGCGCCAAUGUGGGCAGUGCCGGAGCAGCGCGAGAUCACCACCAAAGAGUGGGUGUUCCGCGGGCAGACGGAGCACUUGGUUGAUGCACACAUCCAGGAAAUCCCAGAGAACGCAGCCGACUCGGCUCACCUGGCUUUCCUCCAUGGACCAGCCAUUCUGGGUGGAUCUGAUCUGAGAUACACGAGGUCCAAGCUGUGGGAUUUUAUGAAGCACAACUGGAAGGCGGAGUGGUGGCCAGAGCCAGAGCCCAACAAGCACUGCUCCCGGAUGCUGCUGCAACACACAGCAACCUUUUUUGGGAAGCACUUCUCCCUGAUGGAUUUGACAGUUUCAGCCAGGCAGGUGGGGCCAGGGCUGGUUUUCCUGCUCUUUGAACAUGCUUUCCUGGGCCGUGGGAUCAUCCUGCAGACGGUGACACCCCUGGAGCCUCUCCUGCAGAAUGUUGUUCACAAAAUCUACUACCAGAAGAACAUACCGGCCAUAAUCCCCAAGUUCAUCCUGAGAGCAGAGUGCAUCCAGUUUGAGCGGGAUAUAACCAUCUGGAAUAACAAACAGUACCUGCCCAAGCCACUGCUGGUGAGGGAGGACUCCAGCAUCCAGAAGCACCGGCGCUGGUAUUCCCAGUUCUACAGUGAGAAGAGCACGAGGCCCCUGGCGCAGAAGGACCUGGAGUGGUGA